AGGUCUUCUUCGUAAUCUUAGAUGGAUCACCAGCAACAGCUAGGUAAUCAAACCGACACGAAGAAGACAGAGGGUGAGCAUCCGUCAACUUACGCCCCAUACCCGAAACUCGAACCGGAAGACAUCGCUCCUCCUCCGCCUCCACCUUCUGGAGCCGCUGCUGCUACUAAUAAGGAGAAUUGGGGUACCUUUGUGAUGGGAACUCAAUCGCAAGGCGAUCGUUCGACGCCGAAUAAGCCGCAGAAACAGGUGAGUUGGAGCUCCGAUUUGGAGAAGGAAGACCCGUAUGACUCCAUCCAAAACCGUGCCACUACGAUGCCUUCUGAAUCCAAUCCUUACAUCUCUUCUUCGCCUGCACCGUCGGCAUCAACAUCCAUCAAGGAUAAGGUGGAUGCGGUUCGCGAUGUUCUUGGGAGGUGGGGAAAGAAAGUGGGAGAAGCCACCAAGGGUGCGGAGGAUCUGACUAGAAACAUGUGGCAACACUUGAAAACAGCACCUAGUGUUGCGGAUGCUGCCAUGGGAAGGAUUGCUCAGGGAACUAAAGUUUUAGCAGAAGGUGGUUAUGAGAAGAUCUUCAGACAGACCUUUGAGACUGCUCCUGAGGAGCAACUUAAAAGGUCUUAUGCGUGCUACUUAUCAACAUCAGCUGGUCCAGUUAUGGGAAUUUUGUAUCUCUCCACUGCAAAGCUUGCAUUUUGCAGUGACAGUCCUCUUUCAUACAAAAAUGUUGACCAAACUGAGUGGAGCUAUUAUAAGGUUGUUAUCCCAUUGCAUCAGCUUAAAGCAGUUAAUCCUUCAGCAAGCAAAGUCAAUGCAGCUGAGAAAUACAUCCAAGUUGUCUCUGUUGAUAACCACGAAUUUUGGUUCAUGGGCUUUGUAAACUAUGAUGGUGCUGUUAUCAAUCUACUAGACACCUUGCAUGGCAGCAACUUACAAUCUGUGUGAUAGUAGCUGUGUACUCUUGGGAUAUGUUUCAGUUGCUGCUGCGAUGUUGACUGAAUAAUGAUAUGUUUGGUGCUGGAUACUCAACGUAUGUGGCGAUGAGAAAGUAAGAUACUGCUGUUGUAUGCCCCAUCUAUUUUGAGUAUUGUGUCUGAUUCUCCUGUAUUGUACCUUAGCAUCUGUAGUUUUUUUUGUGAUACAAUUUGGGAAUAGAUAGAAAUUGUUAAUGGGUAUAUCGAUUUUCAUCAUACAUGUUGUAAUUGCUCAAAUUACUUUUUUCACAAGUAAGUGAUGAAGUUCUUUGA